AUGUGCCAACAGCAUUAUCUGCGCGGAUAUAGAGCUUGCUAUAAGCAGUACUGGUAUCUGAGCUUUUUAUGGUUUUUCCAAAUAAAACUACGCCUUAUUAUCAUGGCUUCAUUUUAUUUUAGCUCGUUAGUUAGCGAUGACCUUCUUCAUCCAUGCAGACAAUACUGCUUAUUGAGAAGGGCUAAGAUUGCUGCAGGAUCAAUAAAGCCAUUCAUAACACGUGAAGGACUUCUUUUUUGUGUAGUUGCGGGAAAAUCAAUUGGAAAGAAGAAAUUAAAGAAAGAUCAAGAAAUGAUUACUGUCGAUGAAAUUGGAACUCUCGCGAAGUCUCUACGCAAUCUAUCGUUUUCGGAAAUAGCAAUCACUAAAUGA